AUGCAAUAUACUACUUUACUUGGUGCUUUAUUAUUAGCUGCUUCAUCCCAAGCAGCCCUUGAUAGCUCACAACUUGAAUUUCUUACCAACUUUGUCAACGAUGCUAGAUCACACACCAAGGAAUACUUAUCAUAUGUCCAAACUGCUGAUGCCGAUAUUCCAAAAGAUUUCGAGUCCUUAGCCAAACAAAUUUAUGCUACAACUGGUAACGCCUACACUACUGAAUUUGAUUCAGCCAAGGUCAAAACGUUAGAAUCCUUUGCCACUGGGAUGCCAUGGUACGAGUCAAGAAUUGCUGGUUCUGGUUCUGGCUCCUCAGAAUCAGGUUCCGGUUCAAGCGCAAGUUCUUCAUCUUCCAGUUCAGGGUCAAGCACCGAAUCUUCUAGUGCUAGUGCUACUGCUGGAGCUGUAGGCCUCAUGGUUCCUGCGGGUGCUGGGAUUGCUGCUUUAGCCGUUGCCUUACUUUAA